AUGUCGACAGUUUCCCAUGACACGGAGAUCGCAGUAACGCCGUUGCUGUCGCUAAACAACGGCCACAACCUUUUGUUAUCACUCAUAAGUAUGGAAGGUGGUGUACUAAGCCAAGCAUCGUCUCGCUCGCAUGAAGAAGUGACUCGUGAACUUCGUGUAGACGUCAAUUACGGGCUAAAUGAGUUGAAGGUUCACGAACGACAGCACGAGUGUGGACUAAACGAGCUGGCAGGCGAUGAAGACGAAUCGGUCAUCAUUAAAUUUAUUAAUCAAUUCAAAGAUCCACUAAUUAUGCUUCUCAUGGGCUCUGGCGUCGUGAGUGUUGCGAUGGGACACACGGAUGACGCCAUUUCUAUUGCAGUAGCCAUCACUAUUGUCGUGACUGUAGCUUUUGUACAAGAAUAUCGCUCCGAAAAGACACUAGAAGCUCUUAAAGAACUGGUGCCACCACGAUGUCGAGCUCUACGUGAUGGAUCAAUAGUGGAAUUGUUUGCAAAAGAGUUGGUGCCGGGAGAUAUUGUGGUAGUAGAUGUCGGCGAUCGUGUACCAGCAGAUGCGCGACUUUUUGAAGCGGUGGACCUCGAAGUGGAUGAAUCAAACUUAACGGGUGAAAAUGCACCUGUGGUCAAGGUGAUCAAUUCGAUUGCAGAUAGUCAUCUCCAUCCGUUAGCCGAGCGCAAAAAUCUCAUAUUUAUGGGUACACUCGUUCGUGCUGGUCGUGGACGCGCCGUCGUAAUUGGUACUGGAUCCCGUACUGAAUUUGGUAAAGUCUUUGAUGUGGUACAUAACGUGGAAGAGCGUAAGACGCCUUUGCAGCACAGCAUGGAUACGCUUGGAAAACACUUGAGCAUGUUUUCUCUUUCUGUCAUUGCAGUGAUUGUGCUGAUUGGUGUAAUACAAAACAAAGGUAUGCUUACCAUGCUCCAGAUUGGUGUGUCGCUAGCCGUCGCUGCAAUUCCAGAGGGUUUACCAAUCUGUGUGACAGUCACACUAGCAUUUGGAGUCAUGAAAAUGGCCAAGCGCCAGGCUAUUGUGAAGAAGCUGCCAGCUGUCGAAGCACUUGGAUGCAUUAAUGUUAUUUGUGUGGACAAGACAGGUACACUUACGACCAACAAGAUGGAAGUGCAAGAGAUUUUCGCCCCAUUCGAAAGUGUGACGGCUAUAGUUGAAGGAAUCGGCGAGCGGACGCAAGAAUCUUUGCAGAUAGCUGAUUCUGAAUUGAAAAAAUCAAACGCUCAGUCAACCGUUACGAUGCGUGGUGAACCAGUGACUGAAGCUUCCCAUCCUCAUGUUUAUCAUUGUUUGCUAUCUGGUGCGCUUUGUAAUAAUGCAUGUAUCAAGGAUCGCGAGGUGUUGGGCCAAGCUACAGAAGGUGCGGUACUAUUGUGUGCGCAGAAAGUGGGAAUAACCACCGCAGUAACACAAAAAUAUCGACGCGUGAGUGAAGUACCUUUCAGCUCGGAAAAAAAGUGGAUGGCAGUAUGUUGCGAGUCUCCGACGGAUGGUGCUGCUCGAUGGCAUAUUAAGGGCAUGACUGAGGCCAUUCUGUCGCGCUGUGACAAGAUCGAAGACAAUUGUGGGCGUGAAAAAGACAUGACACCAGGAGAUCGAGAGCGCAUCUUUGUAACAUCACAGCAAAUGGCUUCACGUGGGCUGCGAGUCUUGGCUUUGGCGUUUGGCGAUCACUCGGAUCGAGGAAUGGUUUUUGCUGGUCUUAUUGGGAUCUUGGACCCGCCUCGUGCCGAGGUGGAAAAGGCGGUUCAAGAAUUGGCUCAUAGCGGUGUGAAGACCAUUAUGUUGACGGGCGACUCCAAGGAAACGGCCAUUGCUAUUGCAAAAAAAGUUGGAAUCAUCUCAAACAAUGAAUUUAGAAGUGCGGAAAGUGAUAAAGACGGAAAUAAGGCGAUUAACGAGCUUGUCAUUUCGGGACAGGAACUGGAGAUUAUGGACAUGUUGGAAUUGGAGCAACGGAUCUUAAAAACGUGCGUCUUUUAUCGUACGUCUCCGCAUCACAAACUCAAGAUUGUGCGCGCUCUACAAGAGGUGGGAUUGAUGGUGGCGAUGACUGGAGAUGGCGUGAACGAUGCGCCUGCACUCAAAGCAGCAGACAUUGGUAUCGCAAUGGGUACGACCGGCACGGAUGUUUCUAAAGAAGCUGCUGAUAUGAUUCUUCUGGAUGAUAACUUUAGCACAAUUCUGUGUGCUAUGGAAGAAGGCAAGUCGAUUUACCACAAUAUUAAACACUUUUUGCGCUUUCAGCUGAGUACGAGUAUCUCAGCGCUCUGUCUGAUUGCGUUUUCGACGCUGUUUAAUCUUCCGUCGCCAUUGAAUGCUAUGCAAAUUUUGUGGAUCAACAUAAUCAUGGAUGGACCACCAGCACAGAGCCUUGGGGUCGAGCCUGUUGACCACGAUGUAAUGAGGGAAGGUCCUCGUCCUAAAGACGCAAGUAUUAUCACAAGCACGAUGGUUCGUCGUGUGCUCACGUCGGCGUGCUUUAUCGUGUGGGGUACACUAUACGUCUUUUAUGUCGAGCUAAGUGCAGAUGGCACAAUAAGCAAGCGCGAUCGAACCAUGAGCUUCACGACCUUCGUCAUGUUUGACAUGUUUAAUGCACUUUCAUGUCGAUCAGAUGACAAGUCAAUUUUUGAAAUUGGGAUCUUUUCCAACACGAUUUUCGUGUACGCGGUCGGCGCGUCGCUAUUGGGGCAGUUUCUUGUGAUCUACUUUCCGCCACUUCAAGCCACGUUUCAGACUGAAGCAUUAUCAAUUAAUGAUUUAGUCUACGUCUGUUGCAUCGCGUCAAGCGUUUUGAUCUGUGAUGAGAUUCGCAAGUGGUGGCAAGUACGCAAAGUACGUGGAGCUAUGCGCUCUGCGUCUAUCGCCGCUGGAUUCAAGCCGAAGAAGCGAAAACUCUCGUGGGAGAGCGACUUGAAACGUUGCGAUACCGUCUAG